AUGGAGUGGACAACAUUACAGCAUCUUGAUCUCCGUCACAUUGGACGUGGCGUCGUACCUUAUCAACCUCAUGCUGCUUCCUUCCAUUCUCAUCAGGCACUCGUUGCCGUCGCUAUCGGAACCUACAUCGUCGAAUUCGACGCAUUGACGGGAAGCAAGAUUUCCGCUCUUGACAUUGGUGCACCUGUUGUUCGCAUGUCAUAUAGUCCUACAAGUGGCCAUACUGUGGUUGCAAUUCUCCAGGAUUGUACAAUAAGAUCUUGUGAUUUUGACUUAGAGCAAACAUGUGUAUUGCAUUCGCCGGAGAAGAAGUCCGAGAGAAUUUAUUCUGAUACAGACGUUCAUCUGGCAAUGACUCCAUUACAACAUGUUGUGUUUUUCGGGUUUCACAAACGGAUGAGUGUUACAGUUGUUGGAACUGUUGAAGGCGGUAGAGCACCUACAAAAAUCAAGACAGACUUGAAGAAGCCUAUUGUUAAUCUUGCAUGUCAUCCUCGCCUUCCUGUUCUGUAUGUUGCUUACGCAGAUGGUUUGAUUCGAGCAUAUAACAUUCACACUUAUGCUGUUCAUUACACACUACAACUUGAAAAUACUAUAAAGCUUAAUGGCGCUAGUGCAUUUGCAUUUCAUCCAACUCUUGAAUGGAUUUUUGUUGGAGAUCGACGUGGUACACUAUUGGCAUGGGAUGUAUCAAUUGAGAAGCCUAGUAUGAUUGGAAUAAUUCAAGUUGGCUCACAACCAAUAACUUCUGUUGCUUGGCUGACCACUUUGCGUAUGCUUGUAACCCUAUCAAAGGAUGGAAAUAUGAAGGUUUGGAAAACGCGGGUUAUAGUUAAUCCUAAUAGACCUCCUAUGCCAGCAAAUUUUUUUGAGACUGCUGCAAUUGAAUCACUUGAUAUCCCACGUAUCCUUUCUCAACAAGGUGGAGAGGCAGUGUAUCCCUUACCGCGUAUUAAAGCUAUAGAAUUUCAUCCAAAGUCUAAUUUGGCAGCAUUAGUGUUUGCAAAUGCAGCAACUGGAGAUACUUCAAAAAACAAAACCUUAUCCAAUAGAGAUAGGAGAAAGCAACUUUUUGCAGUUUUGCAAGGUGCACGGGGAUCGUCAGCAUCUGUUUUGAAAGAAAAGUUGUCCGCCUUGGGUUCAUCUGGAAUCUUAGCAGAUCAUCAACUUCAAUCUCAAUUACAAGAACAUCACCUGAAAGGCCAUAGUCAUCUUACAAUAUCAGACAUUGCAAGGAAGGCUUUUCUUCAUAGUCAUUUUAUGGAGGGCCAUACAAAAAGUGCUCCCAUAUCUCGCCUACCCCUCAUCGCUGUUCUAGAUACCAAGCAUCAUCUGAAGCACAUCCCUGUCGUUCAGCCAUUCCAUUUGGAGCUUAAUUUUUUCAAUAAAGAGAACCGAGUUCUUCAUUAUCCAGUCAGGGCUUUUUAUGUGGAUGGACCAAAUCUUAAGGCAUAUAAUCUCUCAUCUGGAUUGGAGAAUACCUACAAAAAGCUCUAUAACUCGGUUCCUAGCCAUGUGGAGUAUCAAGCAAAUUACUUGAUUUACAGUAAAAAACAACACCUGUUUCUUGUAGCUUAUGAAUUUAGUGGCGUUACUACUGAAGUUGUGCUUUAUCGGGAAAAUACUGAAGUAGAGACGGUAAACAGCAAAAGCAACACUGUGAAAGGUCUAGAUGCAGCAUUUAUUGGUCCCAAUGAAAAUCAGUUUGCUAUUCUUGAUGAUGACAAGACAGGGUUGGCAGUAUUUACUCUACCGGGAGGGCCCUCACAUGAUCCGAAGGAAAUUGAAAAAGCUUUUGAAGAAAAUCAACCUACUGAAACUAGUGAUGGUUCAAUUAAAGGCCCAACACCAUUUAUGUUUGAAACUGAAGUUGAUCGUAUCUUUUCUACUCCUUUAGAGUCAACGUUGAUGUUCGCUUCUCAUGGAAACCAAAUUGGAUUAGUGAAGCUCGUAGAAGGGUAUCGCCUUUUAACUUCAACUUCGACUUCAACUUCUAAUGGACAGUAUAUAUCAAGCAAUAGCGAGGGGAAAAAGUCACUCAAGUUGAAAAUAAAUGAGAUUGUACUCCAGGUGCAUUGGCAAGAGACUCUGAGGGGUCAAGUUGCAGGGGUUUUGACAACUCAGAGAGUUCUUAUUGUUUCUGCAGCACUUGAUAUACUUGCUGGCACUUCUACAAAUUUUGACAAGGGACUUCCUCUGAUAUCCUUGAAUGUUUUUUAG